AAAAACGGUAUAUUUAAAUUUUUGUAGUAAAAUCUAAAUAUAAAAGCAACAAAUGUAUAUAGUGUACCAAAUGCCCAGAAUAUUAUCUACCCUGUGUCAAAGUUCAUUUAAAAGGCUUUUAACUCAUCACAACUUCCAAUUAAAUAAUAACAUGUCGUCAUUAAGUAGCGUUCCUCUCGUGGAUAUCGAUCCCAGCGGCGUUUUUAAAUACAUACUAAUUAAUGUCUAUGAAGAGGUGAAAAGUGGUCAAGAGCCUAAAAUAACUAUAGUCAGAGGUUAUAAAAGAUGUAAUUAUCAUUCAGAUAUUUAUGAUGAGGUUCAAGCUAAGCUGUCUCCUCUUGAUUGUGAGCCUCUAGCAGGAGGAAGAAUUUCACAUGACCCAGAAAAUAAGAAAAUUCAUAUUUAUGGUUACUCUCAAGGUUAUGGAAAGGCUGAUCAUGAGGUCACUGCAAAACUAAUUAAGGCAGCUUAUCCCGAGUAUACAAUUACCAUCAGUGAUGAAGGGUACUAAACCUAACCUACCUACCCAUAUAGAAAAAAAUUUUAAGGACAAUUAUUUACUAUGUUUUUUGCUUUUAAUCAUUAGUAAUUGUUAUUAAAUUAACUUAUUGUCAUGAUACUAAGUCCAUUUUUGAUUCUGGUUAAUAAAACAUAUUAAAAAGACCAGUAGAAAAUUAA